CGUGUCAGCGGAGGGACCUACCGGGGAGAGCAGGCAGGCCCGGACACCGGCGGCGCGCGCGCCCGCUCCCGCUGUUUUUACUCCGCUUUUACCGAUUCGGAUUAGUUAAAGUCCCGUUCACACCGCCGGGGGCUGAUCCGGUGUUAUAGGGGUAAGUGGGCAGUGUGGGAUUGGGAGUGGUCCCGCGGGCAGAGGGUAGGGAGCGGGGCAGUGAUUUGGGACAGGGCAGCCCGGUUAGACCGCACCGUUCCCCGGGCUGAGAGCGGGACAGGGCGCGGGGCACGGGGGAUCAGCGGGCCGGUCCGGUGUCCGGUGUUCUGGUUCGGGUUUUGAUCCUGGUUCGGGUUCGGGUGUGUGUGAACGGAAAGCGGAGGAACCGGAUCAAAGAGAAAAACUUCCACCCAACUUUCCACCCCCCCCCUCCCCCUGGUUCCGUCGCCAUGUGGACCGAGCCGAACCGGACAGGUGGUUCUGAGCAGGUCCUGGAUCAGGUCUGAACACAGACUUCUGUCUUAAACGGUUCUGAUUCGGUUCUAAUCCGGUUUCUAAACCCGUUUACUGGAGUUACAGCGCUGGAAUUAUAAAAAGAGGUGCUGAGAGCUGAUUGGUCAGUUGGUCGUCAUGGCGUCGUCAGUGAAGGUGGCGGUGCGCGUUCGGCCUUUUAACGCCCGCGAAACAAACCGCAAUGCCAAGUGUGUGAUACAGAUGCAGGACAAAUCUACCUGCAUCACCAAUCCCAAACAGCCCAAAGAUGCUCCUAAAAACUUCACCUUCGACUAUUCCUAUUGGUCACACAGCACGGCUGAGGACCCGGCGUUCGCGUCUCAGAGGCAGGUUUAUUUAGAUAUCGGAGAGGAGAUGCUGCUCCACGCGUUUGAGGGAUAUAACGUCUGUAUCUUCGCUUACGGACAAACCGGAGCGGGAAAGUCCUACACCAUGAUGGGGAAACAGGAGCCGGGCCAGCAGGGCAUCAUCCCACAGCUGUGUGAAGACCUGUUCAAACGCACCUCAGAAAAUACCGACCCCGACCUCUCCUACUCCGUGGAGGUUUCCUACAUGGAGAUCUACUGUGAGCGGGUGAGGGAUUUACUGAACCCCAAGUGUAAGGGCCCACUGAGGGUCCGAGAGCACCCCAUCCUCGGCCCCUACGUAGAAGACCUCUCCAAGAUGGCCGUCACCAGCUACACUGACAUCGCCGACCUGAUGGACUGUGGCAACAAGGCCAGAACUGUAGCUGCUACUAAUAUGAAUGAGACCAGCAGUCGAUCUCAUGCAGUUUUCACCAUCCUGUUCACCCAGCGCCGCCACGACCAGAUGACAAACCUGGAUACUGAGAAAGUCAGUAAGAUCAGUCUGGUGGAUCUGGCAGGAAGUGAAAGAGCAGAUUCGUCAGGAGCGAAAGGCAUGAGGUUAAAGGAAGGUGCUAAUAUAAACAAGUCUCUGACUACACUGGGCAAAGUUAUCUCAGCGCUGGCAGACAUGCAAAGCACCAAGAAGAGGAAAUCAGACUUCAUCCCCUACAGAGACUCAGUACUGACCUGGCUGCUGAGAGAGAACCUCGGUGGUAACUCUCGCACGGCCAUGAUCGCUGCUCUGAGUCCAGCAGACAUCAACUAUGAGGAAACCCUCAGUACACUCAGGUAUGCGGACCGAGCGAAGCAGAUCCGCUGUAAUGCUGUUAUUAAUGAAGAUCCGAACGCCCGGCUGGUCCGAGAGCUUAAAGAGGAAGUGAACCGCCUCAAAGAGCUGCUAUUGGCCCAGGGACUCAGUGACCUCAUCACUGCUGCAGGACCUGCAUUGGCUGGAGGUUCAGGGAUGUCCCAGCAGCCCCCUCUCAUCCCUCUCCUCGGGGCCAAAGAUACCAAUGAUGCACCAAUGGAGGACAUGAGCCCCAUCAGCAAAGAGGAAGCAGUGGAGAGACUGAAGGAAACUGAGAAGAUCAUCGCUGAGAUGAACGAGACGUGGGAGGACAAACUGCGCAAAACAGAAGCUGUCCGGCAGGAGAGAGAGUCUCUGCUGGCGGAGAUGGGCGUGUCCAUCAGGGAGGAUGGAGGAACUGUUGGAGUUUUCUCGCCAAAGAAAACUCCUCACCUAGUGAACCUGAAUGAAGAUCCGCUGAUGUCGGAGUGCCUGCUGUACUACAUUAAAGAUGGAGUGACGAGGGUUGGACAGGAGGAUGUGGAUAUUCGUCUGAGUGGUCAGUUUAUAAAGGAGCUGCACUGUGUUUUCUGCAGUGAGGUGGACGAUAACGGAGAGGUGAUAGUAACUCUGGAGCCGUUGGUGGGAGCCGAGACGUACGUGAACGGAAAGCAGAUCACAGAAGGAGUCGUCCUCAAACAAGGUAACCGUGUGGUGAUGGGGAAGAACCAUGUGUUCCGGUUUAAUCACCCGGAGCAGGCGCGGCUGGAGCGAGAGCGCAGCGCCACCCAGGAUCAGCAGGGGGAGCCGGUGGACUGGAGCUACGCCCAGAAAGAACUGCUGGAGAAACAGGGAAUAGACAUCAAACAGGAGAUGGAGAGAAGGCUGCAGGAUUUGGAGAAUCAGUAUCGGAAAGAGAAAGAGGAGGCCGACCAGCUGCUGGAACAACACAGACUGUACGCAGACUCUGAUAGUGGGGAUGAUUCAGAUAAGCGCUCGUGUGAGGAGAGCUGGAGGCUCAUUUCAUCACUCAGAGAGAAACUACCAGCCAACAAGGUUCAGUCUAUAGUGAAGAAGUGUGGUUUGCCGAGCAGUGGGAAGCGGCGGGAGCCGAGGCGAGUGUAUCAGAUCCCCCAGCGGCGCCGUAUUCCCGCCAGCGCAGAGUCCAAAACCCACCCCAGCCUGGACGAACUCCGCACUCAGGCCGUCAAAGAGAUCUGCUACGAGGUGGCGCUGGGAGAUUUCCGGCACUCACGACAGGAGAUCGAGGCUCUGGCCAUCGUCCGGAUGAAGGAGCUCUGCAGGAUGUACGGACAGAGGGACCCUCAGGAAAGGGAGAGCUGGAGGACGGUGGCCCGGGAGGUGUGCAACACGGUGGGCAUUGGAGAGGAGGAGGGGCCUGAGAGGGAGAGGGCUGGCCCAGGGGCGGAGCCAGAGGAGAGGGCUGCCCCGCCCCCCGGAGCGGCGCGAGAGCGAGGGAAGACCGAUAUGGGCGACCUGAAGGCUCAUAUAGAUAAACUGACCGACAUCCUGCAGGAGGUGAAGCUCCAGAACAACAUGAAGGACGAGGAGAUCCGAUCUCUCAGGGAUCGCAUGGUGAAGAUGGAGAGCAUCUUCCCAGUGGAGCUGGAGGGUGAGGAUGACUCCAUGAUUGAUGGAGGCGGGACUGGGGACGGAGCUAGAGGCGAAGACUGGGCGGGGCAAGGCGACCACCUCGGCGAAGAUAAAUUCGGGUAUCGCCGAGGUCGCCACAGGUGGCAAUAUCCCGAAAAACACAUGGAUCCCAAGCGUCGCCGGGGCAUGAACUCCCAACCCAGCAACAUGGGGUCCCAGAUCUACACCCCUCCUGCAGGACGCGCCCAAAACAACCCGUUUAGCGCCAGUUCGGGUCGCUUCCCGGACGCCGUGGCCCAGCAAACAGGUCGCGUCCCCAAUGGUCCGUUUUUACCUGGCACCGGUCGCUUCCUGCCACCUCUGGAACGGAAGCUGCAGUUUCCCUUCAAGGGGAACCCUCAGCACAGGGGCUUCCACUGGGGUCCGUCCCCCAACCAGAGCCAAAACCCAGGAGGUUCAGACCCCCAGAGCGGGAACGAGUCCCCGCCUCCCGGAAUGGGUUCUUCUGUACACACCUUCCAGUCCCCGCCGUCACCCAAUUGGAACCAGUGGUCCAACAGCCACCACCAGCAAAGGCGCAACCACGGACACAGAGGUAACCGAGGAAACCGGCACAGGUCAAGGAAUCGAGGGCGAAACCCUUUCGACGAGUUCGUGCAACACGACCACAACCCCAACGAGGACCGCAAAGACCAAGGUCAAUCCCACCAGAACCGUUCCAGGGUGAGGUACUCUUGGUACAAUACGAAUCCCAACUCCGGGCAAGCCUCCGGAGAGGACGUUCCCCAGCAGAACCACGGCCAGAACCAGCAGCCCAGCAGGCAAAGCUACGGCAAACAGCAGAACCAACACUCUGGCUACUAUCUGCCUCCACAUCGGCAGGCGAGUCCGCCAGAAAAGAACCAAAACCAAGGCUCUGGAGAACGUCCUCGCGCUGUGCAAGCCCAGGAACAUGCUACGCCAAUGGAGACCUGAUUGGAUCUUUUACAAUUAAUCCAAUCGUGCCAUCAUUCGUGUCGUCAUCGGUAGAUGUCAUCACGUUGAUCAAUGGCAAGGAAAGUAGACUGUAGGAAUCUGUGAUGUUAAAAAGUUAAAUUAAGCUGAAGUGUCCUUUCGAGUAUGGAUGUCCUUGGAAGAUCGGAAUAAUUACGUAACUACGUGGAACGUGGAUAAAGAUCAACGAGACAUGCCAGAGCGUUCCAACGAGUGUUCCAACCAAAUGCAACCAAACAUUGGGAAAUGUUUCUUUGGGGAAUGUUUGUUUUUUCCUUAUUGCGUAAAUUACGUAACGUUCCUGAAUGUCAGUUUUAGUCGCCAAAUGUUCGGUUGCUGGGCUCUAGGCUCUGGGCUCUUUUUGACGGUAAAUGUAAUGUUAUGUUCAGUGAGGUCAUAAAAGUAAUUGGAUGGUUGAUUGGGCAAUUGACUGAUCUUUCUAGACAUGCUAAGUUUUUUUUUUU